AUGGCCUCCCACAAGGCUGCUGGCCCCUCCCCAGCUCGGGGCAGCCCAACUUUGAGGGAGCUGGAGCCCAAGGACCAGCAGCUCAUGGUAGCACUUCGGAUCCGCCCACUCAGUGAUGCAGAGCUCGAGGAAGGAGCCACCAUCAUUGCCCACAAAGUGGGGGCUCAGAUGGUGGUGCUCAUGGACCCUGGUGAGGACCCUGAGGACACACUGCGUACCCACCGGUCCCGGGAGCGGGCCUUCAUCUUUGACACUGUUUUCGACCAGCAUGCGUCUCAGGAAGAUGUGUAUUCUGCCACCAUCCAGCAUUUAGUAGAAGGCGUCAUUUCUGGAUACAAUGCAACGGUGUUUGCCUAUGGCCCCUCAGGUGCUGGGAAGACCCACACCAUGCUGGGCAUGGAUGCAGAGCCCGGUAUCUACCUGCAGACCCUCACUGACCUCUUCCAGGUCAUCGAGGAGACCCGCGACAACAUGGACUGCAGCGUGUCCAUGUCUUAUCUCGAGAUUUAUAAUGAAGUGAUCCGGGACCUCCUGAACCCAUCGUCGGGGUUCCUGGAACUGAGGGAAGAUUCUCAGGGCAGCAUCCAAAUUGCAGGCAUCACUGAGGUAUCCACCUCAAAUGCGCAAGAGAUCAUGCAGCUCCUCACCAAAGGCAACCGCCAGCGCACACAGGAGCCCACAGCCACCAACAAGACAUCGUCCCGUUCCCACGCUGUGCUGCAGGUCACUGUGCACCAGCGGAGCCGCAGCAUAGACCUGGUGGAGGAAGUGCGAGUUGGGAGGCUCUUCAUGGUGGACCUGGCGGGCUCAGAGAGGGCGUCCCAGACCCAGAACCGAGGCAAAAGGAUGAAGGAGGGUGCGCACAUCAACCGCUCCCUGCUGGCCCUGGGCAACUGCAUCACCGCACUCAGCGAGAGGGGCGGCAGCAGGGCGCAGUAUGUCAACUUCCGGGACAGCAAGCUCACGCGCUUGCUGAAGGACGCCCUGGGAGGGAACAGCCGCACGGUGAUGAUUGCACAUAUCAGCCCAGCCAACACCUGCUUCGAGGAGUCGCGGACCACCCUGCUGUAUGCCUACAGGGCCAAGAACAUCAAGACUCGGGUCAAGCGCAAUCUGUUGAAUGUCUCCUACCGCAUUGCGCAGUACACGGAUGUCAUCUCCGACCUGCGCAGGGAGAUCGAGCACCUUAAGUCAAAACUGGAGAAGCAAGGGAAGGAGAAGAGAAGCGAACCCAGUGUCCGGGAUACGCAAGUCACAAUUCCCCUGCAUGAUGCAGAGGAGGACAGCCGCCAGCAGAUGAACAAGAUUCGGGCCCAGCUCAUCGCAGCCUUCAGGGAGCAAAUGGAAAUGCGCCGCAGCCUGGUGGAGCUGGAGAACACCAACAUCGAGCUGCACGUUGACAUGUCCCGCCAUUUGCUGACCAUUGCAGACUGGGAAAGAGAAAAGACCCACUAUCAUGCCCCCAGGGUUGGCGGAGAGCUGGAGAAGGAUGAGGAGCUGGUGAAUGCUGAUGGGGAUGUGGAUGAAUCCUCGGAGCCACCUGAAGUGGCUCUGGCCAGAGAGGAGGUCAACCUGCUGUUAGCCGAGCAGCAGAAAACAGCGGCCCUCAAGGCCGAGCUGGAGCAGCGUCUGGCCAGUGCAAAGCAAAAGGCCUCACAGAUGGAGGAGCUGCUGCCUGAGCGGGUCACCAGCGAGGCCCAACGGGAGGUGCUACAGCUGCUAUGCCGGGCGCAUGAGCUGGAGGUGGAGAACACGGCACUGCAGGCCUGCAGCCUACGCCGGGAGAGCCUGCUCUGCCAGAAGGACUUUAUGCUCCAGCGCUACCAGCAGCACCAGCAACUCUGUGAGCAGGUCAUAGAGGGGCAGCAGCAGCUGAUACAGGGUGGUGGCAUCCCGGUGCCAGAGGCCCUAGCCCAGCAGUACCGCCUGUACUCCCGGGAGCUGAACCGCCUGUUGCUGCUGCACUCGCUGAUGCCCAACUCCCUGUGGCCGUAG